GGGAGGAGGAGGUACCCGGGGAAGAGGCACGUGGCGGCAAGACACUUCAGAAGGGGGGGCUGAAGGAGGAAGCACUUCAGAGUGAAGGGCGUGGGCAAGAAGCGCCUGGGCAGAGAGGGCUUCAAAGACGGGCGCUCGAGAAGGAACUGUCUGGAUAUAGGGCACUUGCAGAGGGGACGCUUGCAGGGUCGAUGACGAUGACGAUGACGACGAAUAGCAAGACGAAGACGACGGCGAGGGCGGUAACUGCACAGCAGAAUCCAAAUGCGAACCGGCUCUCUGUCCUGUUCCACCGAGCUCCUGAAGUCUCUGGCGCUGUGGAGACUUUUGGGGUAUCUGCGGUGCUGUUGUCCCCUCAAAGUCCGAUUCAAGAGGCGACGACGGCUCAGCGAGCGGAGGGAGUCGGGGUUGCUCGGCCAUGCAGCGGUUGCACAGGACCAUGUGUCUGUCCAGCACGCUUGACUUGUGCGGUUGACCCGACACAA